AUGUCCGAAGAAGAGUUUGAUGAAGAUCUCGGGAUCAAAAAGGUACCCUCGGCUUUAAAAUUGCCUCUUAUUCCCAGGGCACAAUGAUAAAAGGCCGAGUGGAUUACGUUGUACUGAAAGUGUUGGGCGAAGGCGGCUUCGGCUCCGUUUUUCUGGUCCACGACGGCAACAAGGAGUGCGCCAUGAAAGUGGAGAAGAAGAUCGAAACCCGGCGACACAGCAAGCUCAAGAUGGAGGUAAAAUACGUUCAGUGUUUUUGUCGUAUUAGUAAAACUUCUAAUCAGAGGUUUUAGGGUCUACUGGGAAUUUUAAUGUACAUGUUAGUAAUUGUAAUCAUCACUGCCUUUCAGAUUAGCAUCCUCAAGACGAUCGCAAAGCUUCGAAAAGACCGCCAGGUGGACACGGACAAAUCAACUGUCGAGAAAAAGGUAAAGAAAUUUGGGGGUAAAAUACGAGCCCGAUUGAUCUUUCUACGUAUUCAAUCUGGAGAGAAAUUUCAUAACUUUGACUAGGGAAUUUGGUCAAAAAAUAUGACUUUCUGCCGUUUUUGGCUUCAUUACACAGUGUUUUAGCAAAUAUAGAAAGAUUAAUUGUUUCUGUGACCUCUUGAUUUAGAAUAGUCUCUGAUCUGUAGGGGUCCUAUGUUAUAAUAAAUAUCUUGGCUUCCGUAGCAAUUCAGAGGCUGGAAUUUUUGACAAUUCGUAAGUGAGAUAAAUGGGCAAAAUUUCACAAAAAAAAUCGGCAAAAUUUCAAAAAACUUUUUUUGCAGCUCAAAAAUAAAUCUUGGUUAAAAAAACCCCGAAAAGUUCGAAUUUGUCAUCAAAAAAAAUCCAACAAAAAAAUCGCCUUUCCCUUUCGAAUUGCACCUUAUACGUUUAGCCGAGACGAGAGAACCAUUUUACGGAUAUCAUCGACCGGGGCCGCGAACCCACGUUCUUCUUCAUGGUCAUUGAUUUGGUCGGGAAAUCGUUGGCGGAUUUGAAAAUGCUGAGACAGGAGAAGGUGUUCAGUCUUGGCACAGGCCUCGGAGUUGGAAUUCAAUGUCUGGAAGCCAUCGAAGACCUGCACGAGGUCCAAUUUAUCCAUCGAGACAUCAAGCCGGCCAAUUAUGCGUGUGGAAGACCACCUAAUACCCAUGUUGUAAGUGGAUUGAAAAAAAAUUUGAGUUUUUACGGCGCAACCUAAUUUUUUUAUUGAACUUUUGGGCGAUUGAAAAGACUAAUGUCCUAUAAUUUCCUUGAGGGAAAAAAUUAGCUUCUAAUUUUAUUUUUUUCCACACCAAAAUAUGUACUUUUAGAUCUAUAUCUUGGACUUUGGUAUUGCCCGAAAAGUAAUGAACAAAGAUCAGCAGCUGAAGACGCCCAGAGAAAGAGUUGGAUUCAAGGGAACUGUAAGAUUUGCAUCAUUGGCUUGCCAUCGGAAUCAGGAAUUGGCACGAAAAGACGAUGUGGAAUGCUGGUUAUACAUGAUGAUGGACUUGCUGGUCAAACCGGGUAAGAUUUUUGAUUUUAAAAGUCUAACUAGUGGUUGAAAUUUAAUAAAUUUAGGUUGUGAAGUAGUACUAUGUAGCGUUUUUAUUAAUUUUUGGCGUUUUGGCAAAAAAAUCAAUUUUGAGCUAGGGCGCGAGCUGCCAAUUGUAAUUAUGAAGAUGGACUGCUGCACAAAUUUUCAGACUAUUAUUACUAAAUUAGAAGUUUUGGCGAUUAAAUAUCUAAAUCAAAAUUCUAAUUAAGCGUAUUUUUACACUGCUACCUAGGGCGCGAGCUGCCCAUUGUAACUAUGAAGACGGACUGCUGCACAAACUUUUAGAAGUAUUCUGCCACUGUAGAAGUUUUGGCAAUUAAUUAUCUGGUUCAACUAUCUAGUCAAACGUAUUUUCAAUUGCUGCCUAGGGCGCGAGCUGCCAACCCUACAUUUUUCAAAUUUUGCUAUAACUUUAAUUCUUUCAGGUCUUCCUUGGCGCAAAGAAAGCGACAAAGACGUUGUAGGCGAGAUGAAGAAGAAUAUCCGCGACGAGAAGACCCAGGUUCACAAAGACUUUUACGGCGACCUCAAAUCAAAACCCAAAUUUCAUCUAAUUCUCACCUAUUUGGAAGGCUUACAAUAUGUGGACACUCCAGAUUACAAGUACAUUUAUAACUUGCUCCGCGAAAUCGGCAAGGAAAACAAUGUGGAUGUGGAUGCACCGUACGAUUGGGAAGUGGAACAGAAGAAAUGA